AUGGCAAAAGAGCAACUAAAGCAGGACCCUGCAGCAAUCACCACCAACACUUGCCAAAAGCAAAACCAGGUUUUGUAUAUGUUGAGAGACAUCACAGCAGGGCCUACGUUUAUGUUCACUCAAUGGCUUCAUUUAGUUCGUAAACGCACUUCCAAGUAUCGCUACUCUGGCUUCCCCUACCGUCCUUCCACCAUGUCUUUUAGCACCGGAGAAUCUACUGAGGAUGCACAAAUUGAUCAGGUUCCCCAACAAACAGAAAUUAGUCUGUGGGAGAGACUUGGUAAAGCUGAAAUGUUGGAUAUUGAAUCGAGUUCCUUUUCUUGGGACAGACUCUCUUCACUUCACCAUACUGAGCACACUAGCAGCAAUGAACAUUCUGAGGAUGAAAUGAACAGAGCUCUUGAGGUAACAGUCAAUUCUGGAGGGGUUGUCUUCUUUGCCUUUUUCAAUGGCCUUGGGAGUGAUGAUGCUUUUCCAAAAGAAGCAGCUGCUGUUAUAAAGAUAUCAUCAUCAAGAAUGUCAACACAAUCUGAACGCCUUGGUUAUGAAUUUGCCAAGUGGUUGGGAGUCCAGACUCCGCAGGCUAGAGUCAUUCACAAUACUAGUUUGGAAUGGCUCCAAAUAAAGGAAGCUACAGAAAAAGCGAGAGAUGCAGCAAGUUCUGAGGGUGAUGAAACUGGUGAAAUGACAUGUUUAGAACUUUUGGAAGCACUUGAGCUUAGCCGAUGUCUUUUGUUUAUGAGCUAUGUACAUGGUUCACCUUUGCUUGAAAGCUCUAGCGCAUUUGAAUUGCAGAAAUCUGCAGAAAGAACAUCAGCAGCCCUUGGCAGGGUAAUGAUACUUGAUCUUGUCAUCAGAAAUGAAGAUAGGCUCCCUUGCCAUCAGCUUAGAUGGCGUGGGAACUCUGCGAAUUUGUUAUUGGCUGAAAAGAUGAUCUCUGCAAAUACAGAUACACUGGGAGAAGCUUUUGAUUCUGCAAUGAACCGAUAUGGACCAAGGGUGAUUAAGCCACUUCAAAAAGAAAGAAGGUCAAUUUCAGUAGAUAGCAGAUUGAGUUCUCAUAAUCCUGGAUUGGUAUCACAAGGAUCUGAUCUUUUAGAGAUCACGGAAUCAUCAAUAUCCACUGAGAUGAGCCUCAAAAGUCGAAUGUCAGGAGAAUCAAUGUUCACUGACUUUAACAUUGUGGCUAUUGACUCUGGCGUUCCUCGCCGUCCCCCUGCUGGAAAACGUGCAAAUGAUCAGAUUAAUUAUCCUAAGUUGGUUGAGUUACUACUCAAUAGCUCUGAGUUUUCCUCUAACCUGUUACAUGAUAUAACUGGAGGGAGAUUAGGAUGUCCUCCCCCAGAAGACAUAAAUACAACAACCGGUUUACAUGCAGGUGAUGUAACAUCAGUGGUUCAUGAGUUCCGUAGUGGCUUCCGUGCUGCUCUUAGGGAUCUGCAGGGUUUCCAUAUAUUUCUACUCACACUUCACCAAAAACUUGAUAACUUGUUACGAUCAUUUAUGAAUAUUAUGAGUAAAAUAUCAUUGGAGGAGUCUGAAAAAGAGGAUGCAGUGGUUCCUGACUCACCUUCACUGGCUGCUACUGGUAGUUGUCCCUCUCCAACAAGUAAGGAGAGGUUUUCAAAUGAUAACCAUCAAGAUGUUAGUGAUUCAGAGUCACAAAGAACUGCUCCAAGAGCAUCAUCAUCUUCAGGAAAUAGAGAUUGCUGUGACUCUGCUUCUGUGUCAAGAGAAAAUUGGCAUGGAAAGUUCUCUAAAGGAAGCAGGGAGCCACUUCUUGGUCCGCGCUUGACAGCUAAACUCCGUGACUUCCAUAAAUAUGCCAAGGUUGACACAGAAUCUAAUAAAGAAUUGGAACAAUGGAAUGAAAUGCUUAAAAAUGAAGCUAUCAAAUUAUGCCAGGAGAACAAUUUCAAUACAGGGUUUUUUGAAGGUAGUGAUAACAACACUGUUGUUGAUGCAUAUGAACUGAAGGUCAGACUUGAGCACAUCCUUGAGAGGAUUGUAUUGAUAUCUGAGGCUGCAAAUACAGAGAGACCUUCUGCUGUUACAAAUAGCCUAUUCAUUGGUGGUGCACUGGCUGCAAGAUCUGUAUACACACUGCAACACUUGGGAAUCACUCAUAUUUUAUGUUUGUGUACUAAUGAAAUUGGACAGUCAGAUUCUCAGUUUCCUGAUCAAUUCACAUACAAAAAUUUCUCUGUGUGUGACAAUGAAGAUUCUAACAUCAGCAGCAUAUUUGAAGAAGCCUGUGAUUUUAUAGGUUAUGUUGAGCAAACAGGUCAGAGAGUUUUAGUUCAUUGCUUUGAGGGGAGAAGCAGAAGUGCCACUUUGGUCCUUGCUUACUUGAUGCUCAGGAAGAACUUCACUUUAUUAGAAGCAUGGAAUGCUCUGAAGCGAGUUCACCGGCGAGCACAACCCAACGAUGGUUUUGCAAAGAUCUUACUGGAGCUUGAUCAGAAACUGCAUGGGAAAGUUUCAAUGGAGUGGCAGCAGCGGAAACCAAUGAUGAAAAUUUGCCCUAUAUGUGGGAAGAAUGCUGGACUAAGCAGCAGCUCACUUAAGCUACAUCUUCAGAAAUCACAUAAAAAGUUAUCAUCAGGAAGCGUAGAUAGUGCCAUGACAAUGGAGAUCCAAAAGGCUUUAACAGCUUUGAAGAUUAGCCGCGGUGGGAGUGUCAGCCCCACACAACAACAGCCUCAUUCAAUGAUAUAUGAAUAGAUUGUUACUCUUGCAAAUAUGAAGAUUGGCUCAUUCAAGAUUUGAUUUUUCAGGAGGCGAUCCAGUUCGGGACAGGUUCAGGAUUAAGACUUUAAAUUCUUCUUAAAAAUAGUACUGGGGAGGAUCAAACACAUGUUCUCACCCCCACUUGCUCAACUGUCAUGCACCAACUGAGCUACCAUCAUUUGGUAUCAUAAUUAAGCUUUUUAACAUUCCAAGAGAUGGAUUAAUUAGGUUGUGAUUACCCAUAAAAGUUAACUCAACCAGUAAAAUUGAACCGUGGGACUAAAGGGUGUUGGAUUCAUUGUUGUUGUUACAUUCAGUUGU